ACUCUCACAUACAGUCGCUGGCAGCGCUCAGCAGGGCAAGAGCAAAUUGAGCCUCAUCUUCCACAAAUGAAGGAUUUUCUGCCACUUUCCUCCAAGUGUCUAGCCUUUCCGAGAAGCGAGUUAGAUUGUCGCAGGUCAUAGAAAACAAAGGCCACGUAUUUCUACCCUUUUCUAUCGGAUUUCAUCUGUUAAACAGAUUUCUGGUCACUAUGUCGAAACACUUCUAACAACUGGAAUCGGAAUUUGUAAUUCAGCAGCAAAAGGGUCCAAUCAGAUUUUGAAUGUCUAUAGCAUUUGAACAGGUUUCCACUCUGUGUUUUUAAGCAUCUAAGAGAAGUAGGGACGCUCCAGAAGCCAUAAGUAAUGACUCAUAUCGCCAGCUCCAUCCUUUAAGAAUGAAUCCAAUGAACAGUCCUGGGUAUCUGUCACGGGGUUUAGCGUUUGCAUUUUAAACUGGUUCAUUGCCAAAAAAACAAAACAAAACAAAUGGUUCAUGCAAGACGGAAGUAUCAGCAGGAUAUUAACACCAACUAAUUUAGCUUUUAAAGAGUCUGGAUUAUAACAUCAAGUAAAGCAACCAGAACUGGGCAGCAAAGGUUUAUUGUCAAGAGCUAUGAUCUGUUAGCAUAUUUACUGUUGUUAACUCAGCCACCGUUACUUCCUGGCAGGCAAAUUCAAGUUUAAUGCAAACCGCAUGAUACAUUUGUGCCAAUAAUUUUUUUAUUUUUUUAUUUUUUUUUUUGUCUCAUGGACCAAAAACAGACUAAGUGAAGUUUUACAAAAUUGGACAGUCCUAUAGAAUCAACAAUAAACUGAUCUUGUUUUCCCAUAUUCGCCAUAAAACAGUUUUUCCAACAUGGUGCUAACAGCAAAACAUGGCGGACAUUUAAUCUGGAUGGGCCUACUUGUAUGUUGCUUAAUAGACCUUGGAGCUAGUUUGGAAUUUACAGGAGCUGAAGGGCAAUGGGCUCGAUUCCCAAUGUGGAAUGCUUGUUGUGAAAGCGAAAUGAGUUUUAACAUGAAAACAAAAAGUUCACGUGGCCUUUUGGUUUACUUUGAUGAUGAAGGAUUCUGUGAUUUUUUGGAGCUCUUAAUUCAUAACGGAAAAUUAAGUCUUCGAUUUUCCAUUUUUUGUGCUGAACCUGCCACAGUGCUAUCGGACAACAGAGUAGAUGACAACAAAUGGCAUUCAGUCAGUGUAAAGAGAAACUUCAAAAAUACAACUCUUAUAAUAGACAAGGAGGUCAAAUGGGUGGAAGUGAAAUCAAAAAGACGGGAUAUGACUGUUUUUAGUCAUUUAUUUUUAGGGGGCAUACCGCCAGAAUUACGAUCUGUAGCAUUAAGGUUGACAUCAGAUGGGGUUAAAGAUCAAGUUCCCUUUAAAGGAUGGAUAACAGAUAUCAAAGUUAACAAUUCAGAGGCUUUGUUAAUAAACAGUGAAGGAGUAAAUGUGGAUGACAAGGAUCUUUGUGGCAAAGAUAACAUGUGUCUGAAUGGUGGAAUCUGUUCUGUUGUUGACGAUGAAGCAAUUUGUGACUGCUCACAAACGGGUUUCCAAGGCAAAGACUGCAGUGAAGAUUUUGGAAGAGUAAUCACGACUGCAUUACUACCAACAGAAGACGACUAUGUUGAAGGUCUGGCGCACCUGAUGAUGGGCGACCAAGGAAAAGAAGAAUACGUCGCAACCUUCAAGGGGUCUGAAUACUUCUGCUACGAUCUAUCCCAGAAUCCAAUUCAGAGCAGCAGUGAUGAAAUCACAUUGUCGUUCAAAACUCUUCAGAGGAAUGGACUGAUGCUUCACACAGGCAAAUCGGCCGAUUACGUCAAUCUUGCUCUGAAAAAUGGAGCAGUCUCUCUCGUCAUUAAUUUGGGGUCUGGGGCCUUUGAGGCGCUGGUGGAACCUGUGAAUGGGAAAUUUAAUGACAAUGCCUGGCAUGAUGUGAAAGUAACAAGGAAUCUUCGUCAGCACUCAGGCAUUGGACACGCUAUGGUAAACAAACUACAUUGUUCGGUUACAAUAUCAGUGGAUGGAAUUCUGACCACGACAGGCUACACGCAGGAGGAUUACACCAUGCUAGGCUCUGAUGACUUUUUCUAUGUUGGAGGUAGUCCUAGCACUGCCGAUCUUCCAGGUUCCCCUGUCAGCAAUAACUUCAUGGGAUGUCUUAAAGAGGUUGUAUAUAAAAACAAUGAUGUGAGACUUGAGUUGUCCCGACUUGCCAAACAAGGUGAUGGCAAAAUGAAGAUUCAUGGUGUGGUGGCAUUUAAGUGUGAAAAUGUGGCAACUUUGGACCCCAUUACAUUCGAAACCCCAGAGUCUUAUAUCACACUGAAUAAAUGGAACGCCAAGAAAACAGGGUCAAUAUCUUUUGAUUUCCGCACAACUGAACCUAAUGGGCUUCUUCUCUUCAGUCAUGGCAAGCCAAAACAGCAAAAAGAUGCCAAAAACCCCCAGACUAUGAAAGUAGAUUUCUUUGCCGUAGAAAUGCUAGAUGGCCACUUGUACCUUCUUCUUGAAAUGGGAUCGGGCACAAUUAAAACACGAGCAGUAAACAAGAAAGUGAAUGACGGAGAAUGGUAUCAUGUCGACUUUCAGAGAGAUGGACGAUCAGGAACCAUUUCCGUCAACACCAUUCGCACACCAUAUACGGCGCCAGGAGAAAGUGAAAUUUUAGAUUUGGAUGACAAUUUGUACUUGGGUGGCCUGCCUGAAAAUAAAGUGGGCCUUAUAUUUCCAACUGAAGUAUGGACAGCUCUGCUUAAUUAUGGUUACGUAGGCUGUAUCCGAGACUUAUUCAUUGAUGGUCAGAGCAAAGAUAUACGGAGGAUGGCCGAGAUUCAGACAGCUGCUGGAGUGAAACCAUCAUGUUCCAGAGAGCUGGCUAAGCAGUGCCUUAGCAAUCCUUGCCGAAAUAAUGGAGUCUGCAGGGAAGGCUGGAACAGAUAUGUGUGUGAUUGCUCUGGAACAGGAUAUCUUGGCAGGUCUUGUGAAAGAGAGGCUACAAUUCUAAGUUACGACGGAAGUAAAUUCAUGAAAAUUCAGCUGCCAGUGGUGAUGCAUACUGAGGCAGAAGAUGUCUCACUACGGUUCAAGUCCCAAAGAGCCUAUGGAAUUUUAAUGGCAACAACAUCUCGGGACUCUGCAGAUACCCUCCGCUUAGAGCUGGACGCAGGACGCGUUAGACUCACAGUCAACCUUGACUGUAUCAGGAUAAACUGUAAUACCAGCAAGGGUCCUGAAACAAUUUUCGCUGGAUAUAACCUCAAUGAUAAUGAAUGGCACACAGUUCGAGUAGGUCGGAGAGGAAAAAACCUGAAGCUGACUGUGGAUGAUUUGCAACCAUUGGAAGGUCAAAUGGCUGGAGACCACACGCGGCUUGAAUUUCACAACAUAGAAACUGGCAUUGUGACAGAACGCCGGUAUAUGUCUGUAGUGCCUUCAAACUUCAUUGGCCACCUGCAGAGCCUAUCGUUUAAUGGAAUGCCAUACAUCGAUCUUUGUAAAAACGGAGACAUCGACUACUGUGAACUUAACGCUUUGAUUGGCUUUAAAAACAUCAUUGCUGACCCAGUUACGUUCAAGUCAAAAUCCAGCUAUGUGGCCCUGGCUACUCUGCAAGCGUACUACUCAAUGCAUCUGUUUUUCCAGUUCAAGACGACAUCAUCAGAUGGAUUAAUCCUGUACAACAGUGGGGAUGGUAAUGAUUUUAUUGUGGUGGAGCUGGUCAAAGGAUAUUUACAUUACAUCUCCGAUCUGGGAAACGGUGCUCACCUAAUCAAAGGCAACUCUAACAAAGCAUUGAAUGACAAUCAGUGGCACAAUGUGAUGAUUUCAAGAGAUACCAAUAACCUUCAUACAGUGAAAAUUGACACAAAGGUGACGACCCAAACCACAAUGGGGGCCAAAAAUCUGGACCUUAAAGGUGACUUAUAUAUUGGAGGAGUUGCCAAAGAAAUGUACAAGGAACUGCCCAAAUUAGUACAUUCGAAAGAAGGAUUCCAAGGAUGUCUGGCAUCUGUCGACCUCAAUGGACGUCUUCCUGAUCUAAUUUCUGAUGCACUUUCUUGUGUUGGACAGAUUGACAGGGGAUGUGAAGGACCCAGCACAACCUGUCAGGAGGACUCGUGUGCCAACCAAGGUGUUUGUCUGCAGCAGUGGGAUGGCUUCAGCUGUGACUGUAGCAUGACUUCCUUUGGUGGUCCCUUGUGCAAUGACCCUGGAACAACAUUUAUUUUUAAUAGAGGAGGUGGAUUAAUUACUUACACAUGGCCCCCUAACGACCGACCAAGUACUCGCGCCGACAGGCUUGCAAUAGGAUUUAGCUGUGAUUUGAAGGAUGCUGUUUUGGUGCGAGUGGACAGUGCGCCCGGCCUUGGAGACUACCUACAGCUACAUAUUGAAAAAGGGAAUAUUGGAGUAAUAUUUAAUGUGGGGACAGAUGACAUCACUAUUGAAGAAACAAGUAAAUUUGUAAAUGAUGGAAGAUACCAUAUAGUACGUUUUACAAGAAGUGGUGGUAAUGCCACUCUACAAUUGGAUGACUUACCUGUCAUAGAACGAUACCCAACAGGAAACAAUGAUAAUGAACGCCUGGUGAUUGCUAGACAGCGAAUCCCAUAUCGACUUGGUCGAGUAGUUGAUGAAUGGCUACUCGACAAAGGACGACAACUUACUAUCUUCAAUAGCCAAACAAGUAUAAAAAUUGGAGGCAAGGACAGGGGCCGACCAUUCCAGGGCCAGCUUUCUGGUCUUUACUACAAUGGCUUGAAAGUUCUGACCAUGGCAGUUGAAAAUGACCCCAACAUCAAGAUUGAAGGCAGUGUGAAGCUGGUCGGGGAGACGCCAUCAUCAAUGACAACAGAGUCUGCGGUGGCUGCAAAUCACUCAGAGACCUCCACAUCCAUAAUGGAAAUUACAACCACUACAGCUUCUAGCAGGAGAGGGAAACCACCAACAAAAGAAACCCAGUCAACAGAUGACAUCCUGGUGGCAUCAGCAGAAUGUCCUAGCGAUGAUGAGGACAUUGAUCCCUGUGAGCCAAGCUCAGGUGGGUUAGCAAACCCUACUGGACCCGGAACCAAAGGCUUUCCAGGACCAUCCGAGGUUAUCAGAGAAUCAAGCAGCACAACUGGAAUGGUGGUCGGCAUUGUGGCAGCAGCUGCACUUUGUAUUCUCAUCCUUCUCUAUGCCAUGUACAAGUACCGAAAUCGAGAUGAAGGCUCUUACCAUGUCGACGAGAGUCGGAACUACAUCAGCAACUCUGCACAGUCCAACGGGGCUGUGGUGAAGGAAAAGCAGGCUAACAGUGCCAAAAGUUCCAAUAAAAACAAGAAAAAUAAGGAUAAAGAAUAUUACGUCUGAUCUCACUGAUAAAGAAGAACACUUGUAUAAUAAUAUAGUCUUCAUUUUAUCUGAGACAUGAUUUAAUAAACUUAAUUUACUUUCUAAUCAAGCACAUAGGACAAAUCAAUGUGGACUGAGGCCAGAGGAAAGAACAAACAAAAAGUAAAUCCAAUGAACUCAAUAAGACAAUGAAAUUCUAUGCUUUGUUUCAAGGAAACAAGAGCAGAUUUAGGGGUCAAAAAAUCUUAAAACAGUCAGUGUUUUCAUUUACGUUGCCUGUGGUUGUGUUGCUGGGACAUUUUCUUAAUUAAAAAUGCCGCCAAACAUUCAUGAUGAGGGAUAAAUAACAUUAUCAAGAUGGAAUUCAUAAAAAGCUACCUAUGAUUGUGGAAUCAGCCAAAGUAUUUGCACUUUUUUUUCAAGAGACAUUGGUGACCAUAUCGGACAAUUCAACGAAUGGCUCAUCUUAUAGACCCUUUGAAAGUGCAAAGAAGAUACAACGGCAGUGGGUUAAUACGCAUCUGUUUGUUUUUGCUUUGUUAAGAAGGCACAUGGAGGCCUUAAUUUCAUACAGUUGUGAAAUCUAAGGCAGUUGUUUUUUUGCAGAUUUCCAAGGAUGUCUAGAUGCAAUCAUUUGGGAAAUUCCAUGCACGCAAAAUAUCUUAUUACAUAUGUUUAUAUACAAACACAUCUAUAUGUGCUUUCUGGACUGUGAUGAGUGAUGUUUUAUAGCCUGUUGUAUAGACGAUGCAAACUAUAUCUGCUCUUCAGCCAUUUUUAGUAAAAAAAAAAAAAAAGAAGAAGAAGAAAAAGACAAAACAAAAUUAAAUGUUAUUAGAUGUUGCUAGAUAUAGAAGAUUUUAUGACAACAUCUGCAAUGAUGGUUUUAUUUUAUUUUAUUUUUUUUAAUAAUUUUUGUUUUAUUUUUGUUUUUUUUUUACAGACAUCAAUACUUGUGUCAUUUUUCCCCUUGCAUUGUAGAGUGUCCUCCCUAACUGUAUGAACGAAGUGUAUGAAUGUAUGGUUCAUAAAAGAUAGAAGUUUUUUUUCCAAAAACUGUACAGCAAUUCUUUUUUGAAUAAAGAUAAUUACAUUGGGGAAGAAGCCUUCACAUUUGAGGAGAAGAAUAUUAGCCCUUAUUGAUUUGACCCCGAAAAUCUAUUAUUUAAUUGAAAAUAUUCACAAAACAGAAUUCUAAAGAAGAUUGAUUUACUCUGAUCUGCCUGUCUGUAUACUGUCUUGUUGUUAAUGUGCUUUACUUUAUUGAAACAUGGACCCUAAUAACUGAAAAAGUCACAGAAGUAUAUAUAAAGAUUUUUUCUAAGCUAUGUUUUUGGGUUACAGUAAACUAUUGAUUUCAAAUUAAACUUUAUUUGAAGACAAAUUAGUUUUGAAGGAAAAAGACAUUAAAACUUGUUACCUAAGUGA